AUGCACUCUCCGUUCUCCAGCAGGUACGCCGAAUCCGGGGUGAGGCGCGAGUGCGUAAGGUUGAGUGACGGUGGGAGCCACGAGCCCCCCCUUUCACCGCUCUCGCUGGCCAGGGAUCGCGAACGUGCUGACACGGAUGCGGCGCUCGCCGCGGGAGGUGGUGUGCAGCAGGGCGCACUGGAAGUAGGCGACCUUGGCGACGACGACGCUGUCCUCAUGCUCGAACGUCAACGUGAACGUCUGGUCAGCAUGGCAGUUGGGGAGCACCAUCAAAUCCGAGCCGCGGAUGUGGCAAUGGCCGAACCAGUUUGUAAUUUUCCAACCCUUGCUGGCGCGGACACGCAUCACCGACUCCCAACCGGUUUCCCUGGUGAUCACGCGGCGCAGCUCCUCAGCAAGCUUCGAGUUGCCGACGUGUGUCUUGAAGGGCAUGUGAUGUACGUUGCCCGCGGUCACGCUGGCCAAGUGAUGCAACGCACUCAAGUUCACGCUCUGGGGCGUGCAAACGAACAUCUCGAUCGACACCUGGGCCAUGGACACCAUGAUGGCAUACUCCUUGCACUUCUCCACAGGCUGCAGGUUUGGCGUGCUGGGCUUCGCCUGGCUCAACGCGUUGGCGCUCAGCGAGAAGUCGCCGAAGUAGCUCGGCGAAGCGGUAAACAAGCAAAUCUUGCCGCCGAUGUGCUUCAUGGCGAAAUGUGCGGCACGCGUUGCGCUGCCCAGGCAACUGCCGGAGACGGUGGUGUUCUUCCAUGUUGA